CGCGCCGGCGGGAGGACUUCGUGGUGGUCUGUCACUUGGGGCCGCUCACGCACCGCCCCCCGCGCUUCCCAUUGGUUGGAGAUUCUUUUACGUAGGAAGCACGAGGAGAAGGCGGAGCUUCGAGGGUUUUGGUUUUCUCUCUUUCUCUCUCUCUCUCUCUCUUUUUUUUUUUUCCAGGAGGCCUGUUCGGCCGGGUGGGUAGUGGCGACUUGCAGCGCGGCCGCUGUCUGGCCUUUGCUUCCGCGCGGGUUCGGUCCAGGUUCCCGCCCGCAGGUGCUGCGCGCAGGUCUCGGGCAGAUUUAGCUUCAUUUAACGUAGACUUGAACUUUGUGGAACACUUACUUGGAAGUAGGUCUUGUCCUAGGCACUAGGACACAGCGGUGAACAGAAAGACAACGUCUCCCGCUCAUGAGCAGCUACCUCUGAUAAUGCCAUUUGACUUCAGUGUGUUUAGAGUUCUGGUCUUUUUUUUCAUUAUGUGCAUUUUGUCCACGUCAGCUGGAGACACCUUGCCAGAACUGAGUCCUCAGAAAUAUUUCAGUACAUUGCAACCAGGAAAAGCCUCUUUAGCUUAUUUUUGUCAUGCUGAUUUUCCAAGUACCUCUGUAGUUCUUGAACAAUUGAAUGAGGCUGUUAGACCUCUCCAGGACUAUGGAAUUUCAGUUGCAAAGGUUAAUUGUGCCAAAGAAGAAGAAGCAUCGAAGUACUGUGGUAAAGAAAAGGAUUUGAUAAAAGCAUAUUUAUUCAGAGGCAACAUAUUGCUCAGAGAAUUCCCAAGUGACACCUUGUUUGAUGUGAACGCCAUUGUCGCUCAUGUUCUCUUUGCUCUUCUUUUCAAUGAAGUGAAGUAUGUUACUACCCAGGAAGACAUUCAGAACAUAGAAAAUACUGUGAAAGGAAAAGCAAAUAUAAUAUUUGCAUAUGUAAGAGCCAUUGGAACUCCAGAGCAUAGAGCAGUCAUGGAAGCAGCCUUUGUGUACGGGACCGUGUACCAGUUUGUUUUAACUACAGAAACUGGCGUUUUGGAAAGUAUCGGCUCUGAGAAUAUAGAACACGCACAUCUCUACUUUUUUCAUUGUAAACUCGUCUCAGACCUAACUCAGCAGUGCAGAAGAACACUGAUGGGUCAGCCAUUGACCACGCUGAACAUUCACGUGUUUGUUAAGACAAUGAAAGCACCCCUGCUGACUGAAGUUGCUGAAGAUCCCCAGCAAGUUUCAACUGUUCAUCUCCAACUAGGAUUACCACUGGUUUUUAUUGUUAGCCAAAAAGCUACAUAUGAAGCUGAUAGAAGAACUGCAGAGUGGGUUGCUUGGCAUCUUCUAGGAAAAGCCGGAGUUCUACUCUUGUUAAGGGACUCUUUGGAAGUGAACAUUCCUCAGCAUACCAAUGUGGUCUUCAAAAGAGCAGAAAAGGACAUGCCAGUGGAAUUUUUGGUGUUACCUGAUGUUGAUUCCAUAAUUUCUCAUGUGGAAAAUAAUAUGCACAUGGAGGAAAUACCGGAUGAUGAAGACAGUGACAUGGAAGAUCCAGAUAUGGAUAUUCAAGAUGAUGAAGUGGCAGAAACUGUUUACAGAGAUAGGAAGAGACAGUUACCUUUGGAAUUGACCAUGGAACUUACAGAAGAGACAUUUAACCCUACAGUGAUGGCUUCGGACAGCGUUGUGCUCUUCUAUGCUGGUUGGCAAGCAGUAUCCCUGGCCUUCCUGCAAUCCUAUAUUGAUGUGGCAGAUAAAUUGAAAGGCACAUCUGCUGCACUGUUUACUAGAAUAAACUGUGCAGAUUGGUCUGAUGUAUGUACCAAGCAAAAUGUUACUGAAUUUCCGGCUGUAAAGAUGUACAAGAAGGGUGAGAACCCUGUGUCUUACACCGGUAUGCUAGGAACUGAAGGGCUCCUCAGGUUUAUCCAGCUCAACAGGAUCUCAUGUCCAGUGAUUAUAACAUCAAUCCAAGAAGCAGAAGAGUAUUUAAAUGGGGAGUUAUAUGAAGGCCUGAUGACCUAUUCUACCUUGUCAGUCCUGGGACUAUUUAGUCCAACCAUGACUACAGCAAAAGAAGAUUUCACUGAAGCAGGAAACUACUUAAAAGGAGGCGUCCUCACUGGAAUUUAUUCUGAAGAAGAUGUUUGGAUACUGGCAAAUAAAUAUGCUGUGACUCUGCCAGCCCUGCUGCUUGCCAGACACAAAGAUGACAAGAUAGAGAGCAUUCCACUGGCUGGCACCCACACACAAGACAUAGUGCAGAUAAUAACAGAUGCGUCACGGGAAGCCUUCCCAGAAAUCACUGUGGAAAAUCUUCCUAAUUAUUUCAGACUUCAGAAACCGUUACUUAUUUUGUUCAGUGAUGGCAGCAUAAAUCCUCAGUAUAGAAAAGCAAUGUUGACACUAGUGGAACAGAAACGCUUGGAUUCAUUUACUCCUUGCUGGCUAAAUCUUAAGAAUACGCCCGUGGGGAGAGGAAUAUUGCAGGCCUAUUUCGGCCUUCUGCCUCCUCUUCCUCUUUUGGCUUUGGUGAAUCUGCAUUCAAGCGGCCAAGUUUUUGCGUUUCCUUCAGAUCGGUCCAUAACCGAACAAAACCUUGCGUUGUGGCUUAAGAAGUUAGAAGCAGGACUAGAAAAUCCUAUCACAAUUUUAUCUGCUCAGGAAUGGAAACCUCCUCUUCCGGCUUAUGACUUCCUAAGUAUGAUGGACGCUGCCACAGCUCAGCAUUCCACGGGAAAAGCGCCAGGGUGCAUGAAGGAAACAGAUACACAGGAGAGUGAUAAAGAGCAACAUGAAGACAAACUGGCAGUCAGAAAAGAACCAGUGGAAACACUGAGAAUAAAGCAUUGGAAUAGAAAUAACUGGUUUAAAGAAACAGAAAAAUCGCUUAGGCCUCAUAAAGAGCUAUGAUGUUCAAAAGUAAGCUGAUUUCUUGGGGCUGUAAUUUGAGAGAUGAAAUUUAUUUAAAAAAUGUAUCUUACCCAAUUAAUGUAAAAAUUAUUGAGAUGCUUCCUUUCCUUUUUUUUCAUACCAACUCUUCAAAAUGCAGGCAUAUUUUACACUCAGUAACGUUUCUCAGUGUGAAGUAGCUGUGUUUCAAUAGCUCUUUGCUCACUCAUGCUGCGUGAUACUGUGUUGGAAAGCUCAGUGCCCCAUUAAUUACACAGAAACUGGUAUAAUUAAUUUAACUGAGUUGUAGCCAUGUCACACAGCUGGUGGUUACAUCUGUUUUCUUGUAGUCAUGGUAUUUUAACCAGCACUUAUUAACAAGGGGGUACUUUUGCUUCUGUGGGAUAUUUGGCAUUGUUGACAGUUUGGAUGUCAUGAUGAGGUAGGUGCAGCUGGUGCCCAAUGGGUAGGAGCAAGGGGUGCUGCUGAACACCCUGCAUUGGACUCCCCCGUAACAGAGUUAUCCGGCCCCCAAAGUCAGCAGCUUGAUACAGAAAAGAACCAAACAGUACAAUAAUUAAAAUUCAAAUUAGACACAGCCGAAAAGAGGGAGGUAACAGAAAGUUAGAUCCUGGAAAUUAUUCAGAAUAUGCCAAGAACAAAUGAUUUAGAUACUCUAGAAAAACAGAGUAAAUAGAAAAAAAAAUCUCUAUCUGUGUCUCACAUCAGUUUCUAUAAUCAAGAGGCUCACUAGGCCAUACUGGCCCUUGGGGUAGGCUGAAGAGCUGGGAGAACUGUUAGCUACUCAGUCCAAGAAGCCCGAAGUUUCAGAACAAGGGAAAUCAAUGGUGCACCUUUAGUGUGAGGCUGAAAGGCCUGGAAACCUCCCAGAGACUGGGCCAGAUUCAAAUUCAAUGGCUGAAGAAUCUGGAGUCUGUCACCCAUGGGUGAAAGCACCAGCGCAGGCCGUAUCCCCUAAGAAGUCCAGCAUGCCUGUGUUCAAGAGCUUGCCCCUGCUGAUUUUGUGUCCUAGCCAGUGCCCGGCCUGUGGCAGAGUGUCACCCAUAUUUACACAGAGAUCUUCUCCACUGAGUUCUCUGACCCACAGGCCAGACAUCUCUGGAAACACCCUUAGAUAUACCUACAAGUGUGCUCAGUUUAAUGAAGCUGAUAAUCAAAAUUAAUCACCAGAAAAAUCAUAAGAAAUAAACUCUUCUGGGAGACAGUAAUAAAGGUUAACAUGUGCAACAGUUUUGGAAAGGUGGCUCAGGACAGAAACAAGCCAGAGGAAAGGACAGUUAACAGAAUUUACCAGAACAGUGCAAGAUACCAACUCACAAAUUCAGGAAGCUUAUAAAUAAAGAUUAAAUAAAAACAAAUGCAAACUUGACACAUAACUAAAAUACAAACAUUAAAUGCAGAUAAAGUCUUAGGAAGUUCAAGAGUAAAAAAAAUUACAUUCAAAGAAGUGACAGUUUGAAACUGCUGAACCAGAAGACCGCAGUGAUUUUAACAGGCUAAAAGAAAAAGGAAACAAAGCUAUCGACGGAGUUUUAAAUCCAGUGAAGAUAUUUUUUCAAGAAAAAAAAAAAACAGGAUAAAGACAUUUUAGAACAACCAAAACAGUUGCCAUCAACAAAACAAGAACUUUUGAGACAGACUUCAUGAUUAAAGAAAGAGAACAGAAAAGAAGCAAGGGAAUAGAGAUUUGCAAUGGCGUACCUGUCUCCACCAGCACUCACUAAGUGUCCAUUGUAAUAUACUAAAAGGAGGGACAUUAGGCCUCAGGAAGGCUCGCUCCAUCCAUGGGGGUGUACACCAGUGCGUUAAUGAGUUAUCACAGAAGUGGCUUUGUUGUGAAAGUAAGCUCUUAGUCUCUGGCUUACUUGCUCUAUUUUACCAUGUAAUUGAUGAUGCUUUCCACCAUGGCCCUCACCAGAUAGAUGCCACACAGAUGUUGGCACCAUUCUCUGGACUUAGAACCAUUAGCUAAAAUAACUGGAGCUUAGUGAUAGCCACAGAAAGCUAAGAUUUGAACGAAGUGGUAAGUAUGUGGAUAAAUCUGGAUGAAUGUUAAUAGUGUGUGACAAUGCCUAGUGGAUUUUAAAAGCAAAGAACAAAACACACACACUGACAGUGUAGGAAGAAGAGUCAAUGGUGCAUGUGCUCUUAAUUUCCCUGAAAAAAAAGAUACAAAGUUACUGAUGGACUCUAGGUUUCCAUAAAUAAGAAUUUUACAAUUUUUAAGUUAUUCACUAAAAGAAUUGAAAACCAUCAAACCAAGGGGAAAUUUUUCAGGUACAAAAAAUAAUGAGACAAAAGAAGGCAAGGAAAGAAAAUUAACUGAAAACAGAAUGUACAGGUCAAAUAGUGUAAAACUGAGAACAGUUUAGUUUGAGGUAUUAGUGAAUACGUACAAAUAGAUCAAAUAUCCCAGUUAAAACUCUGCCAGGCAUGACUUAAAAUGUCAAUUAUGUAGCAUUUAUAGGGGAUUUAUGUUAAGUAUACAAGGAAAUUUAAAAUGAAAGAUCAGGUAAAAGAUACACCAUGCAAUUUUCUAAGAAAGCUUGUCAGGGUUGGAGAUACAGCUCAGUGGCACAGUGCCUGCCUGGCAAGCACAAGGCCCUGGGUUCAAUUCUCGGCACCAAAAAAAAGUCAGAUAAGUCUUAAUGUCAAAUAAGAUACAUAUUAAGUAAAAACCAUUAUUAAAGAGAGUCAUGUUGGGCUGGGGAUUGAGCUCAGUGGCAUAAGUAUCUGCCUGGCAAGAGCAAGAUAGUGAGUUAGAUACCCAUUACAAAAAAAAAGUCAUAAGUUUAGCAAUAAGUUACAAUAGCUUAAAUAAUAAUGUAAUAUCAGGUUUAUGAAGUAAAAGUAGUCGACAGGUCACACUAGGUUUUUAAGUAAUUGAGGGAAGUUAUGGAAGAUUUUAACAGUGUCAUUAAUAAAGUUGAUCUGUCGUCUCCCAUGGCUGCUGAAUACACACUUUUUUCAAGCUCACAGAACAUUUAUAAAGGUCGACAUAUAGGGCUACAAGGCAAGUCUCUAAUUGUUAAAAGGAUUAAAAUCAUGCACAGCAUGCUGUCUGUCCAUGAUGCAAUUAAUCUGAUGUCAACAAUGAAAUGAUACCUAGAAAUUGGAGUCAGGGAACCUUGCAUACAGCAUGUUCUUGGGAUAAAAGUCUGCAUAACAUGUGUAUUAAUGGCAAACCUUGUAAUUAAGUCUGACUCUCCUUCACAUUUGUUUAGUAAGGUGGUAGCAUACAAAUCUUUCCUAUCUACCAUACUUCUUUCUGCUUGAAAGUUAUGCACACGUAUAUGUAUAUAAGUUAUGCACACGUGUAUGUAUAUGUAACAUUGAAACAAUGGUCUAGCAUCAUUACUGAGUAAGCUGAUAAUUCAGAUAUUUCUCCCAUUUAGCGUUAAUGUUCUAACCCAUUAUGAGUAUAGCUGGUAAUUUCACAUUUUCUUAAAAUAGCCUUUGUUUCUUACUAAGCUGUGGUGAUGGAAGCCUAUCCAAGAUUUAGUUUAGUUUGUAUAACCUGGGGUCAACUUCUUACAUAGGCCUAAAGAGCUUUAUAAGAAAACAGAUGCAGAAUCUGGAGUCUAGUGAAAUAGUCCAGACAGUGCUGUUGACUUAAGAAUGGGCAAAAUUUCUCGUCAGCCUUUUAAUCAAAUAAAACACUCACUUCCUGACAUUAAAUACAUCCUGGAUUUUUCGGUUUCUCUUGUGGAUCUCUUGUACAUUUAUGAAGGCUACUUGUGAAGAAUUAACUUUCCUCAUGUUAAAAGUAUUUCUUUGUUUGAAAUACAGUGUAACCAGCUACCCCA